AUGAUAGAGUGGCUAGACAUUUACAAGGUUAUUGAAGCUAUGAUGCCACUUUAUUUGGCAUUAGGUCUUGGUUAUGGUUCUGUAAAAUGGUGGCACAAACUUAGUGCUGAACAUUGUGAUGCUAUAAAUAGGUUAAACUACUUUUUUGUUCUUCCUUUUUUCACAUUUGACUUCAUUUCACAAGUAAAUCCCUAUAAAAUGAACUACCUCUUCAUUUGUGGUGACCUUAUUGCCAAAGCCAUCAUUGGUUUUUUUCUAACUUUGUGGGCUAAUUUUUAUAGCAAAGGGAACCUUUCUUGGUCCAUAACAACAUUCUCAUUUUGUAGUUUAACUAAUGCACUUGUUAUGGGAAUUCCUGUAAUGAAUGCUGUGAGUCCUCAAGUUGGUGUUGACUUAGUGAUUCAAUCAUUGGCAAUUCAAUUUCUCAUUUGGUCUAUAAUUAUACAAUUUAUGAUGGAAUUCAAAAAUGCCAAAGAUGAGAUUAUGGCUUGUGAGGGUGCUAAUCAAGAUUUAGAAGGAAAUAAUAAUGCAAGCAAAAAUACAACACCAUCUUUGGGGUCAGUAAUGACAAUUGUAUGGACUAAGCUUUCCAAGAAUCCCAACUUUUAUGCUUGUUUUCUAGGCAUUAUGUGGUCUCUCGUAGCUGACAGGUGGCAUUUCGGACUGCCGAAUAUUGUGAAGGAAUGCAUAUCAAUAAUGUCAAAGGCAGGAAGUGGCAUUGGAAUGUUUACUAUUGGGGUAUUUGUGGCAAUGCAACAGAAAAUAAUGGCUGGUGGGACAGGUGUCAUAAUAUUUGGACUAUUUUUGAGGUUUUUUAUAGGACCAGCUACCAUGACUAUAGGAUCAUUCCUAGUAGGUUUACAUGGCAAUGUUUUUAGAGCUUCCAUACUUCAGGCAGCAUUACCCCCUGGCAUAGCCUCCUUUGUUUUGGCAAAAGAAUAUGGAGUUCACCCUGAGAUUGUUAGCGCUGUGGUAAUUAUUGGCAUUCUGGUGUCACUUCCCAUUAUGAUUGCUUAUUAUGCAAUUUCAGAGCUUACACAUUGA